AUGCAGAAACAGCGUAAAUUCAAUCCAAAAAGGAGGCCACAAAAGGCAAACGCUCGUAAAAAACCCCAGGAGGUGUCGUGGCAGCCAGUCAAAUUAAAUGGUCCCGUGAUAUCCGAUGAAGGUGCUGAUUUUGGCGGCUUCAUCGGGUUGGAAAUCUUAGAAAACUAUUCCGGAAACUUCGUCAAAAAAGAAAAGACAAAGAGAGAAAAAGAUGUUGAACCUAAGGAUAAGAAAAAGAAAUCGAAAAGGAAGCAUUCGUCUGAUAGCGAAAAUGAUAGCGAUUCGGAUGAGGAAGUCAUCAACAAAAAGAAACCUAAAAGAGUAAAAGCUUUAAAAGCAGCAGGUGCUGAUGAAGUAAUUUCCACGGAGGAAGAUUCUGGUUUUGAUGAUGUUCCAAAACUCAUAAAGAAGACACCCAAACAAAAUGUGAAUCGUGAAUUGAAUGGAAAAAAUGCGGAAAAUCAAAAUCAAGAACCUCCUAGCUCGGAAGCCAAACCACACGCCGGUUUUUCGAUGUUACUGAAACCGCCAUGCAAGGCGCAAAAGAAACAAUCGAAACAGAAAAGCUUUGAAAAAGAAUCUCCUAAAGCUAAACCUGAACCGUAUUCGAGUGUUGAUUAUGCGUCAUGGAUAGAGCUUGGUGUUUCUGAACCUAUUGUGAGAGCACUUGCUGAUAAAAGAUUUAAAAUACCCACUGAAAUUCAAUCCCAAGCCCUUCCGGUUGCAAUUUUUGGACGACGGGAUUUACUUGGUGCAGCUGAGACGGGUAGUGGCAAAACAUUAGCAUUCGGGAUACCAAUGCUGGAAGGUAUCAUGCAAAUGAAAAAAGAGAAAAAAGCUAUCGCAGACGAAUCAAGUGAUCACGAACAAACGCCACCUCCGGAAGACUUUGAAAUGACGGAAGAAGAUGAAAAGGUAUUUCGCGAGGAAGGAGCCAACGUAAAGCAGAACUAUGUCGAUCCCGACAAACCGUUGUACGGGCUGGUUCUAACGCCAACGCGUGAACUGGCGGUUCAGAUAAACGAUCACUUGAAAGCGAUGACUAAAUACACGGACAUAAACAUUGCAACCAUUUUUGGUGGACUUGCCGCGGUAAAACAGGAGCGUCUGCUUCGCAAAUGUCCCGAGAUUGUAAUUGCAACACCGGGUCGUUUGUGGGAGCUGAUUCAGAGUGAAAAUCCUCAUCUAUCGAAAGUAACACAGAUAAGAUACCUUGUAAUUGAUGAAACUGAUCGUAUGCUAGAAAAGGGGCACUUCGAUGAGCUUAAGCAGCUUCUUGAACUGAUAAAUUCAAAUGAGGAUGCGAAGAAACUUCGACGAAAUUAUAUUUUUUCUGCAACACUUACCAUGGAUCACGACCUACCAGACCAUCUGAAGAAAAAUGCAAAAAAAGCUAAAAAGGUGAUUAAACAAACUCCCGGCCAGCGCAUGGAUAAUCUUAUUGAAGUUAUUGGCAUGACUAAUCCGAAGAUCGUUGACCUCACACAAGACCAUGGCACUGCUCGUACGUUAACUGAGUCACGUAUUUUGUGCCAGAUGGAGCACAAGGAUUACUACUUGUUCUAUUUUCUACAGCGCCAUCCUGGUCGCACAUUGGUGUUUUGUAAUUCGAUAGAUUGUGUGAAACGUCUCGUAUCUUUGUUUGGGUACCUAAAUUGUAAUCCACUGAGCCUGUUCGGGAGCAUGCAACAGCGUCAGCGGCUGAAAAACUUGGAGCGGUUCACUUCCAACCCUAGGGCGUUGCUGAUUGCAACUGAUGUAGCUGCUCGUGGUCUUGAUAUCCCAAACGUCGAUCACGUAAUUCAUUACCAGGUACCCAAGACAACAGAAAACUAUGUGCAUCGUUCGGGUCGUACGGCUCGGGCCAGCAAGGAAGGGUUAACUAUACUACUGAUAGGGCCAGCUGAGGUAAAGGAUUACGUAAAAUUGAAUCAGGAUUUGGGUCGCACCGAGGACCUUCCUCUGUAUCCCACUUUGGAUCGGGUGAUGCGGCAGGUAAAGGAGCGUGUAAAUCUGGCUCGUCAAAUUGAGAAGAUGGAUCUGCAGCAGCGACGUUCGGGAGCGAGCCGCUCUUGGGAAGACCAGCUUGCAAAGGAAUUCCAAAGUGAUUCCGAAGCGGACAGCGAACAGGAAGAAGCACGCAAGUUAGAGCAAACAAAACGUAAACGUGAAUUUAAAGCGAGAAGGACGGAGCUCAGCCGAUUGCUUGCUAUGCCUCUAGUUGUGGAUCGAAUGGAACUGAGCUACCCGUCGUUGAACAUUGCGGGACCGAAGUUACCGACUGAAACGGAACAUUCGGCGAUCAGUCUGAUACGUAAGACAGAACAGGAUCGGAUUUUGGAGAAAAAACAGCGCAGAAACAAGAAGAAACAUUAUUGA